GCUGCCCAACCAACUACUCCAGACCUCCACUCCUCCGGACUCGUUCUCCCUCCGUCGCCCCCUGCGUCUAGGCUGCUCUGCUCCCAGUCAUCGUCGAUUCGUCGUUUGAGAUGCGGCCACUUGCGUGAUUCGCUUUCGAACCGCACUCACUUCCUCCCUCCCCCUGUUUCCCUCCCUCCUAUAACCGGGCUUCUCGCCACCCUCCCCUUUCCCCUCUCCUCCCCUCCCCUUCCCCCCCACGAUGGCUUCCGCGGAUCGCUCGCCGGCGGCGGAGGACCCGCGGCCGCGGCCGACCCUCUUCUCGCCGUACCAGACGCCCCGCUUCCGCCUCGCCCACCGGGUCGUGCUGGCGCCGAUGACGCGGUGCAGGGCGCCCCGCGCUGUCCCGGGGCCCGCGCUCGAGGAGUACUACGCGCAGCGGUCCACGGAGGGCGGCCUGCUUAUCUCCGAGGGCACCAUCAUCUCGCCGGCCGGACCGGGGUUUCCUCGUGUCCCUGGGAUAUACAAUCAAGAGCAGAUUGAUGCGUGGAAAAAAGUGGUUGAUGCUGUUCAUGCCAAGGGAGCCAUCUUUUUCUGCCAACUGUGGCAUGUAGGCCGAGCUUCUCAUCAAGUUUACCAGCCAGGUGGUGCUGCUCCAAUAUCCUCAACUGAUAAGCCAAUCUCGUCAAGAUGGAGGAUACUGAUGCCUGAUGGUUCCUACGGCAAGUAUCCAACGCCGAGGCGCCUUGCCACGUCGGAGAUACCUGAAAUAGUUGAACAAUACCGCCAAUCUGCUAUAAACGCUAUCAAAGCAGGUUUCGAUGGCAUUGAAAUCCACGGCGCCCAUGGCUACCUAAUCGAUCAGUUCCUCAAGGACGGCAUCAACGACCGGACCGACGAGUAUGGUGGCUCACUCUCCAACCGCUGCCGGUUCCUGCUGGAGGUGACCCGUGCCGUGGUCUCCGCCAUCGGGGCAGACCGCGUCGCUGUCCGGGUGUCCCCAGCCAUCGACCACCUCGACGCCUCCGACUCUAACCCCCUGCAGCUCGGCCUGGCCGUGGUGGACCGUCUCAACGCCCUGCAGCAGGAGGCCGGGCGUCUGGCGUACCUCCACGUGACGCAGCCGCGGUACACGGCGUACGGGCAGACGGAGUCGGGGCAGCACGGGAGCGCCGAGGAGGAGAGCCGGAUGAUGCGCGCCCUCCGCGGCGCGUACCGGGGCACCUUCAUGUGCAGCGGCGGGUACACGCGGGAGCUCGGGGUGGAGGCCGUGGAGUCCGGGGACGCCGACCUCGUGUCGUUCGGGCGGCUGUUCAUCGCCAACCCGGACCUGGUGGAGCGGUUCCGGCGCGACGCGCCGCUCAACAGGUACGUGAGGAAGACGUUCUACACGCCGGACCCCGUGGUCGGGUACACGGACUACCCGUUCCUCGGCCAGCCUAAGGCGCGGAUGUGAUUAGUAGGUUGGUAAGUUGAUUGAGUGAUAUGGCUUGAGAAAAUAAGUAAACAUUCCGUCAUAGCCCUGAUUGUUACAUGCUGCUGAUAUCCGGUGCAACAGACUGUAUCUUGAUUGAUAUCUUAAGGAGAAAAGGAGAAAAUGGUGUACUUAAUGGGGAAAAUGGCAGUGUUCUUAUUCAUGCUUUGUCCUCAUCCGUGUCCCUUAUUAGAACCCAGUGCAGAGCCUAAUAUGAUUAGCUUGACCUGUUCACCGAUCUCAUGUCACGAUGGGUUGUAUGUUUAUAAUAACCUUUUUUCAAACAGUUUUUUUUACAAUGUAAUGAAAACCAGUCCUGUUUGCUUGUCUAA